AUGGCACAUACAGUGGCCUCGCUUUCACCUUGUAAUUACUUCCUACCGCACUUCCUCCCAUCACCCUCCCGUCGCGCUCCCGUCGCCCCUCCCGUCGCCCUCCCGUCGCCCUCCCGUCGCCCUUCCGUCGCCCUCUCGUCGCGCUCUCGUCGCCCUCCCGUCGCGCUCCCGUCGCCCUCUCGUCGCCCUCCCGUCGCCCUCUCGUCGCGCUCCCGUCGCCCUCUCGUCGCGCUCCCGUCGCCCUCUCAUCGCUUUCCGGUCGCCCUUCCGUCCGCUUCCCAUCGGCCUCCUGCGUCUUCCUAUAGCCCUCCUGUCGCGAUCGCCUUUACAAUCGUAAUCGCCGUUUCCCAUCCCUUCCCCUCGCCCUCGCCGUCUCCCAUCCCUUCCCCUCGCCCUCGCCGUCUCCCAUCCCUUCCCCUCGCCAUCGCCGUCUCCCAUCCCUUCCCCUCGUCAUCGCCGUCUCCCAUCCCUUCCCCUCGCCAUCGCCGUCUCCCAUCCCUUCCCACGUUCGCACCGCCAUCUCCCUUUCCUUCCCGUUGCCAUCCUAUUCGCCCUCGCCAUCCCGUGGCAAUCCCAGCGCCCUCGCUAUACCGUCGCCCUCCCGUCGUCCUGAGCCCUCGCCAUCGCCAUCUCCCAUCCCUCCCAUCGCGAUCUCCUCUCCCAUCCAUUCCUCUGUCCCCCCUUCCCCUCCUGUCGCCCUCGCCGUCCCCGCUUCCCAUCUCUCUCUCUACCCUCCCACCGUCAACAUUGUCGUCAACGCACUCUUCCUCACUCCCGUUCCCCCUCUUUGUCGCCGUGCGCACCACCUCCAUCGUCGUUUCACUUCUUGUGUUUUAUUUUUCUCAAUUCCUCGUUAUCGCCACCUCUCCCAGGUCCGAAGUCCUCGGCAGUACCUUGCUCGCAGCUCUGCUAGCUCCUUCCCACGUUCACUCUCUUCCACCCAUUUCGUACAUGUGUGACUGCUUGGGAAUUUUUUGA